GUUUGGGGACAACAGAGAGCAGGAUGUGGCUGCUUUUUUAUCCCUCACUGCUGAAGUUUUCAGCCCCAUAGUCCUAUCUUUUCCUCAGAACAAUUUAGGUUUCCUGCCAAGAGCCAAAUGUGAAGACCGUCCUAAGAAACUUGGAGCCGUGGACGCUUGUCAGAGCUCUGCAGGGAGGGCCAGAGCCUUGCUGAGGGAAAGAGAAAGAAAGGUUUUCAGUUCUCCAUGAAGUGUAUUAUGUUCUGCCAUUCAUUCCCCAAGCUACUGGAAGCAUUCCUCCCAGAAAAGGUGGAGAUGGUGGGGUGAAGCCAAUGGUGAGAUGACAUCUGAGAGGACAGGCUAACCCAUUUCCUGAAUUUCCCACGUGGGGACAGUCUUAGAGCCCAACAGGCUUUGAGGCCCGAAGAUGAGCAGCAACGGCAGCGCAGUGGGCCAGCUCCUCUGGAGCGGGCCGCUGUGCGUCGGCUGGAGGCGGGCCCAGGAAGGGGCUCUCUUCCACCUGGCCACCUGCCUCCUGCUCCUGGGCUUCAUGGGGGGCAGCGGGGUGUAUGGGUGCUUCUACCUCUUUGGCUUCCUGGGCACGGGCUACCUGUGCUGUGUGCUGUGGGGCUGGUUGGAUGCCUGCGGCCUGGACAUCGUCCUCUGGAGCAUCCUGCUGGCGACUGCCUGCGUGCUCCAGCUGGCACACCUGGUGUACCGCCUGCGCGAGGACACCCUCCCCGAGGAGUUCGAGCUCCUCUACAAGACGCUGUGCCUGCCCCUGCAGGUACCCCUGCCAGCGUACAAGGAGAUCGUUCGCUGCUGCGAGGAGCAAGUCUCGACUCUGGCCAUGGAGCAGACCUACGCCGUGGAGGGCGAGACGCCCAUCGACCGCCUGUCCCUGCUGCUUUCUGGCCGGGUUCGUGUGAGCCAGGACGGGCAGUUUCUGCACUACAUCUUUCCUUACCAGUUCAUGGACUCUCCCGAGUGGGAAUCGCUGCAUCCCUCUGCGGAGGGGGUCUUCCAGGUCACUCUGACAGCCGAGACUGAAUGUAGCUACAUUUCCUGGCCCCGGAAAAGUCUCCACCUCCUUCUGGCCAAAGAGCAAUACAUCUCUCGCCUCUUCUCGGCCCUGCUGGGCUAUGACAUCUCGGAGAAGCUCUACGCUCUCAAUGACAAGCUCUUUGCUAAGUUCGGGCUGCGCUUCGACAUCCGUCUCCCUAGCCUCUACCACGUCCUAGGUCCUGCUGCCCCAGAUGCAGGACCAGAGUCUCAGAAGGAUGACAAGGACGUCCGUGAGCCUGCCGCAUCCCCCUCUCCUCAGGCCCUGCCCACAUCUGUCCAGCAAACACCCCCUAGCUCCCCACCUCCAGCGGCCACCAACCCUCCUGCACCUCCUCCCUGGGUCAGGAUGUCCAGGCCCGACAGCAGCGUCCUGGGUGAGGACUCUACCAGUCUGGUGCUGGAGGAUUUUGAGGAGGUGUCGGGAUCAGAAUCGUUCAUGGAUUAUCAGAGUGAUGGGGAGUACAUGAGGUGAGGGGAGAACUAACAUGGGCACAGCUGCCUGGCUCAGGAUCCUGUGUAAGUACUCAGAAGGCAGCUGCCACUUUCUUGCCAACAGCUGGCCUUAACUGGGUUUGUAAGGGCAAAAAAUCGUUUCAUGGAGCCUGUCCUCCCGAGGAGUCCCAGAAAGUGGCAUUAACCCAACCCUGCAGAUAGCAACUCACUCCUGGUGCACGCAAAGCAUGAGAGUUUUUUUUAAAUUUUAUUUUUAACUCAUCCCUUAUUAAGUGUGAUUGC